GAGAGAGAGAAAGCAGCUGAUCCAGCUGCACAGUACACAAGUUCACGGAAAGAAAACAAACCCACGUACACUGAGGCAAGAAAUCAGAUGCACAACAUUUUUUUUGCAUUUCAUCUGCGUACUUCCAUACUAAGAACUUGGGACAGCGCUGGAUGUUGAUGUGAGCGGCUUCCAGUGGCAAAACCAUGGAGAGAACGCGAGAGAGGCAGAAGGAGAAGAAAACGGACAGCGAGACAAAGUCAGCGAAUAAUCUGCGCGAAGCAACUCCGAAACGGCCGCACGUGGAGCCUGGUGGCAGCGUUAAAAAGAAGAGGAGACGGAACAGAAAGAACAAAGAAAAGCAGGAGACAGAGAGCGGUCUUGAGGAGAGGGAGAGAUUACUGCAGGAGAGAGAGCGAGAUCUGCAGGAGAGGGAACAAUGUCUGCAGGAGAGAUUGCAAUGUCUCCAGGAGAAGGAGAAAUGUCUGUUACCCACCGCUGCCCCAGAGGCCUGUGGGUACCCAGGAGUCUCUCUGGAGGGCUUGAGGCUUGAGGAGCAUCCGGGGAGGGCGGAGACGUCUGACCACGUGGGAUUGGCUGGUGCGGUGGAGGAGGGGCCUAACACACCUCAGGAUGUAGGACCUUCAGUUCUGCCCUCUCCACCCCCUCGCCAAACUACGCCACCACCUGGUGAAGCUAUGCCACUGCUGGGCCAAACUACGCCACCACCUGGUGAAGCUAUGCCACUGCUGGGCCAAACUACCCCACCACCUGACCAAACUACCCCACUACCGAGCCAAACUACCCCACCACCUGACCAAACUACCCCACUACCGAGCCAAACUUCCCCACUACCUGACCAAACUAUCCCACCACUGAGCCAAACUACCCCACCACCUGACCAAACUACCCCAGUACCGAGCCAAACUACCCCACUACCUGACCAAACUACCCCACCACCUGACCAAACUACCCCACCAUCUGAACAAACUACCCCACCUUCUGACCAAACUACCCCACCACCUGCCCAGUCAUCUCCACAAACCCACUCCAGAAACCUGGGUGAUGUUUCAGACGGUUCCGUCACCCCUGACCCGCAAGGGAGUGGCCCCUCCCGCCAGACCCCCUCUGCUCGGCGGGAGCCAACCAAUCAGAGUGCAAAGGAUGCUGGGAAAGGGGCCAGCGACCAAAGCGUAAAACACGGGAAGGAGAAGGAGCGGCAGGAGGGCAUCAUGGGAAGGCAGACCUCCGAAGCUGCUGAACAGCAAAGCCCAGAAUCUGGCCCCUCAGAGAGAGAGCAGGAAGCGGGGCGAGAUCAGGAAUCGGACCCAAAUCCAAACGCAGGGAAUGUUGGGAAAAAUCCCCUAUGUGACGAAGAGGUGGCUACAGGCCCUGGAUCAUCUGUGGAUGCAGCAGACAACAUGGAGGUCACUGCAGAGGGGAGGGAUGACGAGGGGAGGAAGAAGAAAAGGCUGGGAGAUCCAACUCAAAUGUACGUCUCACACUAUGGGGAGUGGCAUCAGUAUGAUGACAUCAUAUAUGCCGAACCGGAGAGAAGCAUGAUGACCCGCGUCAGAAGCUUUUUUCGUCUGAAGGAUGGAAGAGAUAUCGCUCAGGGGCGCCAGCUAGCCGGGCAGGUCAUGCUGGGCACCAUAUUCAAUCUGCUGCCAGGCUGGAGUGCUGUUAACGUGACAAACUUUUUCAUUCAGCUUCGUCAGUUCUUUGAAGUUUACAGCACCCCCCUUGUCUUUGAAGAUAGGCCAACACUCUGGGGAUCUCUUGGGUAUGGCCAAGCUCAGGUACAAGGCCUUCUGAAAGAAUUCCUGCUGAAAAACUUCGUCCCAGUGGCGCAGACAGAUGGGGGUGGAGGGGAACCGUUCCUCAGAGAUCCGCUGAAGGCGGGACUCAUAACCAUGUUGGUCUGGCGUGAGUACCUGGAGCUGACCGGCACUGAGCAGCUCUCCGUCCUGUGUGGCCUGCUGUGCUUACCUCAGAAGCCCAGGGAAGAGCUCUGUGUGUACUGGAGAGACCUGGCCAGCGGAUUCCAGGAUCCACAAGGUUGGCCGUGGUUGGUGAAGACGUUGGAGUUGUUCUGUGGCCUGGCGUCGAAAGAGAAGCUGGUGAAAUGGAUCCUGGUUCUCCCGCUCCUGCAUCUGUUGAGGGGGGACUGCAGGCCCUUUGAGCAGAUUCCUGCUUCUCCACCUGCCGCCAGCAGAGGGCCCAAGGCCUGGGCCGGGCUGGGAGACAUCAGUCUGUCUGACGGGCAGCCAGACUCGGAGUACACAAGGGCUCUCCUGGAGGUGAUGGCAGCACACACACACCUUGUGGAGGUGGACAGGCUCCUGACGCGCUCGUGGUUGUUUCUGCUGGGGGUGGAGGCCAUGGAGGAGUUCUGCUCUUCCUUCCCUGUAGACCUCCACGACAUCCUUCAGCGGCUGUCCAUACAGGCCAAGUUCAAACCCGAGGUAGUGCAGCAGCUGUUGCUGUUUCUCAGCAAGUCCAUCAAGGAACAGAAAUUUGGGUGCCAUGACGGCAGCUACGGGAAAACGUGCCUGGCGGUCUCACUGAAACUCUUGGAGAGGAUGUGCCAAGCUCCCACGGAGCAGCGCUCCCACAAUCUUCCCACGGCGUGUGUGGAGCUGGUCUUUGCUGUAGCGGAGUUCACUGCCUGCUUUCCAGCGGAACACUCUGAGCUGAGCUGCGGUGCCAGUGAAGAGCUGGGAGAGGUGCUGCACACCAUGAGGGGCUGGAUGAGGAAGACCUUCAACGGCAGGCUUCUGCGCACGGACAAUCGGUGCACUUUCACUUCCAGGCAUGAAAUAGAGGCAUGGAACAACAUCCUCUCACUCUCCUGUGGUGGAGAAGAGUUCACAAGGUACUGGAGGACAACUCUUCUGAAUGAUUUUGAAGGAAAAUUGAAGCAGGAGCAUAGCAUGGACCAGAUUGAAAUCUACUGCAACCAGAAUGAAGAAAUGAACAGGAAGUUCCCAACUUUAAGCACAUGCCUGGAGAAAUACGCCCUGGAGGCCGUCACCUCUGUUUGCAAGGACAAGAAGGAGAGUUCCCUUUUUGAGCAGCUGAGGCGUCAUGACUUAAGGAAGUUUGGGAAACUGGUGUCCGCCCUGGUCCUGAAGGCGUGGCCCUGUGCAGCCAGCGGGGCCUGCCUGGAGGGGGAGGAGGCGGUCCUGGAGCAUCUCCUCACCUGGUCCGCCGCUAAGAAAAUCUUCCAGCUGCAAGGAGCAGACGGGAAGCUGAACGACCAGCUGACCGAUGUGGCCAGGGAGCGGAUGUCUGUGGCGACGUCGGUCUUCAGCACAGUCUCCAACGAGUUCCUCAGAGGAAACAUCGGGAUGAGGAAUCUGAACCGGAUCCUCCAGAAAAAGGACAGAUUUCUGGAGCUGCUGGACAUUGACGGCCUGACUGUGAGUGAGACGUGCAGGAACUCUGCGGCCGUGAAGAGGCUUCUGAGGUUCAGGCAGGAUGAGGUGACGAGAAUCAACCACCAGAGGGAGCUGCUGAGUAACCUGCUGCAAGUGUGCCGGAAUCUACAGGAAUACGUCUCAGUGGAUGUGGAGGAGCUGGAGAGCAGACUCGGAGUGAUCGUGGAGGAGAAGAGGCUGGACGAGUUCUUGGAGGUCCAUCAGCCUGACACCAUUCCCUCCGAGACAGCAGGCGCGGUCGCGUGCUUCGACCUCCCGCGCGGCCUGCGGGAGAUGGCGGAAGCCCUGCACAUGUUCCGGGACAGCUUAAUCUUCAAGAGGUGCUGGGAGAGCGAGGCGUGGGGGCUGUCGGCCGGCGACGCGGGCGCGGGAGAGACGGGCGCGGCCCCCGUGACGCGGGCCUCUCUCGCUGUCAUUCACCACGCGGUGUUUCAGCCCUGCUACCGCAGGUACAGAGACAUCCACGACAACCUGAGAAGCGGUGGGCUCACCCUGCAGGAAGUGGACGACGUCUUUGAGGACUACAAGGACAAGUAUGACGAGCUGACCGAGGACCUGCAGAUUAUGCGUAAGAUUCAGCCGUCGGAGAACAACCGCUGGAUACAUCAGCGGGUGCAACAAAUCGAGCAGUACCAUGAGCUCCAACUGGCACUGGAGUCUGCCAAGGUCAUCAUGGAGGUCAAACAGACACUCCACCUUCAAGGAGACUUUCACAUCGUGGACACUCUGCUUGGUGCUACUGAUGCAGACUUUAAGAAAAAGACUCUGGAUUGUAUCAAUAAUGACCUGAUCAAACUGAAGAAGGAGGUGGCCAUGACAACGGAGCAGAGACUGUGUCUCCAAGAGAUCUGCCUGAGGAGAAACUUCAUCGUAUGGGUGAAAGAGGCUCUGCAGGAUCUGAGUGAGGUUAAGGUGUUUGUGGACCUGGCCUCCAUCUCAGCUGGAGAGAACGACCUGGAUGUGGACCGGGUAGCCUGUUUCCAUGACACCAUGCUGGGAUACUCAUCUGUGCUGUAUGAGCUGAAGCCAGAUGCUGGAUUCCGGGCCUUCAAGAAAGCCCUUGAGAAACUAUUCAAGGCUCUCAAGAAUGACAACAGCCUUCCCAAUAAACUGCGAGACACAGCGCGUUACCUGGAGUGGCUGAAGACAGUGAAAGAAAGCCAUGGCUCUGUGGAGUUCUCUUCUCUCUCUCUGGCCUCUGACAUCAACAGCAAAGGCCUCUACAUUGUCCGUGCACAAAGCCAGAAAAAGCUGACCUUGGACACGACUCUGAAGCUGGAGAUUGUGGAGGAGACACAGCAGGAGGUGCAGGGCGUCAGCUCCUACUCGCUGGAGGACCUGCGGGAGCUUCUGAACAAGCUGAUGCUGAUGUCAGGAAGAGGAGAGCAGGGGCAGAGGGGAGAGGUUGACCGCUUUUCAGAGGUCUUCUCCAGUGUCCAGAGAAUGGCCCUGGCCUUUAUCGACCUUCACGCUGCAGGAAACCCCCUGUUCCAGCACUGGGAGGCUAAAAUCAGCUGCCGACCAGACAGCAAGGCCGGCAUCGUCAUGGACUUCCACCUGAGAAGUGGCGUGGGAAAGGUUGCAGUGGAGGGCGAUGUGCUGGAGCAGCUGCCAGAACAGUGCAGGAAGAUGGAGCAAUAUCUGUCCACCUGGAAGGACUUCAUGAAUGAGCAGAGGUCCACUCAUUACUACCUCAACUACUACAUGGCGGACCAGGUGGUCUACCUGUGCGAUCGGCUGAGCCCAGGGAAACAUGGUCCAAUGCUGGAUGGUCAGGUGAUGACCAUGCUCUCCUUCAUCAGACCUGGCUGCAACGCUCAGGGAUUGAGGGAGAUGCUGUAUGCAUUUGGGGGAAAUUCCCACAGCAGAGGUGCAUUGCUGGAGCAGCGAGAUGAAGUUGACAUGAUAAACUUUUCAGAGGAGGAAGAGGAGGAAGAGGGAGAAGAGGAGGAGGAUGGAGAAGAGGAGGAGGAUGAGGUGUGGGAAGAGUCUGUGGAAAAGCAGGAGGAUGGAGACAUGGAGACAUGCGACAUGGAUGUUACAUUACAACAAGCAUUCAGUGGAGGAGUGAUCAACACAAUCCAGGGUCCCCUGGGUCAGACUAGCGGCUUGGGACAGCUGGAUCUGCUGUGGGACACCUACAUGAGUGACAUGAGGGGCUUCCUCCCACACACCAUGGACAUCCCAAGCCUGGGGAAACUGCUGGGACAGCUGGCCGAAGAAGGAGAGGAAGAGGAGGAAGAGGAGGAGGAGGAUGAGUGGAGGGAAGAGGUGACGGUUGUGAGGAGGAGCCUGCCAGGCGGAUUCUCCAUCAGCCAACCGAACCUAGUGGUCUGUCCUCCAGCUGAAAUCCUGACCUCCUGCCUCUGCAUCUAUAUGGCCAGUGAGCUUGAGCCGCUGCCUUCUUAUGACGAGGUGCUCCUGUGCGACCCCGACACCCCCUACCAGCAGGUGGAGCUCUUCUUCCGUCGUUGCCUCACGGCAGGCUACAGGGGCCAGAAGAUCUAUACCCUCCUCCAUGCGGACCGUCUGGCCUACGAUGUGAGCUUCAGGGCGGAGCAGCUGUUCCAGGCUCUGAGCCUCCGGUGCACUCAUGACUACAGGCUGGUGAUCAUCUGCAGCUCCAGCAGGGAGGAUGCCUACCUCCCCUCCGCCUUCAGCCAGUACCGCCUCCACGCAGUCCCUCGGGAGCCCCUGCAGCGGGUGCGGGGAUACCUCUCCCACCACUACACCGUCCAGCAGGAACAGCCUAGUACGGCGGACGUCUUUGAAGGCAGGCAGUUUGUUGGGGUCGUGUCAUCCAAUCGGGCGGGAGUUGGUAAAUCCCUGUAUAUUCAGAGGCUGUACGAGAAGCUGCAAGAAUCAGCCGAAGAGGUCACCAUGCUUAAGUGCAUUCGGUUGAUUGAACCGAAAGUCAAUGAAAAUGCCAUCCUCAGGUCACUGCUCAACCCCCCUGAAGGGACGGACCUAACUAUCUUUCAUUUUAAUGUAAUGUCAUCGGUGCAGAAAGGUUUGCAUGAGUUUCUGUUCCGACUGCUGAUCCUCCGGUACCUGAUGGACUCCGAGGGCCGGAUGUGGAGGUGCAGCAAGGGGCAGCUGUACCUCAUCGAGAUAAUUCGGUCCGCUCAAGAUUUGCAUCGACAUGUCCGUCACGCAGGUGCACAUGAACACUUUUCUUUCCUGGAUGUUUUCCCAACGAUCACCUGCCGCCCCCCUAAAGAGGUCCUGCAGCAGGAGAUGAGGAGGUUGGAUGGUAUUGUUACACGAGACCCUCUCAUGGAUGAUCAGGAGUUCAGAAGCGAAGCCUACCAAAGGCCCUACCAGUAUUUGACCCGCUUCCACAAGGGUCAAAACCUGGACAAGUUCAUGUACAGGGGUGUGGAAGGUACCCAUGCAGAGUGCCUGCAAAUUCUGUUCAUCUUCUGUGGAGUUGUGGAUCCCUCCUGGGCAGAACUGAGGAACUUUUCCUGGUUCCUUAAUGUGCAGCUCAGAGACUGCGAGACUUCCAUGUUCUGUGAUAUGGACUUUGUGGGAGACACCCUCCAGGGCUUCAGAAACUUUGUGGUCGAAUUCAUGAUCCUGAUGGCCAAGGACUUUGCCACACCUUCUCUCAGCAUUUCAGAUCAGAGCCCUGGGGGGCUCCAGGUGGACCUGUCUGGGGUUAACGAGGAAGACCUGGCCCCCUUUCGCAUCCGCAAACGGUGGGAAGCGGAGCCACAUCCAUACAUCUUCUUCAAUGCUGAUCAUCUAUCCAUGACAUUCAUUGGCUUUCAUCUGCAAAGGAAUGGGCGGAACAGCGUGGAUGCUGUCCAUCCGACCUCAGGGGCAGUGAUCAAGCGGAACAUCAUGACUGAGCAGCUUUACCAGGGCCUCCAGCUCCAACAGGUGCCUUUCGAUGUUGACUUUGAUGAGCUGUCCAGGGAGCAGAAAAUCAAGCAGCUCUGCAAUGUGCUGGGUGUCCGGCAGACCCUGGACCCUGACAAGACCUAUGAACUCACCACCGACAACAUCCUGAAGAUGCUGGCCAUUCACAUGCGGUUCCGCUGUGACAUCCCCGUAAUUAUCAUGGGCGAGACAGGCUGUGGAAAGACCAGACUCAUCAAAUUUCUGUGUGAGCUGCGGAGGGCUGGGACUGACGCACAGAAUCUAACCCUGGUCAAAGUUCAUGGGGGGACUACCUCAGAGAUGAUUUACAGGAAGGUAAGGGAGGCGGAGGCCAAGGCAGCCAUCACCAAACGAGAGCACAACCUUGAUUCUGUCCUGUUCUUUGAUGAAGCAAACACCACAGAGGCUGUGAGCAGCAUCAAGGAGGUGCUCUGCGAUAGGGCGGUGGAAGGUGAACGCCUCGCUGUGGGCACGGGCCUGCAGAUUAUUGCUGCCUGCAAUCCAUACAGGAAGCACUCAGACGAGAUGAUCCAGAGACUGGAGUCCGCUGGCCUGGGGUACAGGGUCGGGGCCAAGGAGACUGAAGAAAAGCUGGGAUCCAUCCCUCUCCGGCAGCUAGUGUACAGGGUGCAGGUGCUUCCUCCUAGCAUGAUCCCACUGGUGUGGGACUUUGGACAGCUCAACGACCAGACUGAAAAGAUAUACAUCCAGCAGAUAGUCCAAAGAGUGGUGCAGGCCAGCUCCAUUGGCAAUGCGUAUUCAAGGAUUAUGGCUGAUGCCCUGUCAACGUCGCAGAGGUACAUGAGAUCAAGGAAAGAUGAGUGCAGCUUUGUCAGCCUAAGGGAUGUGGAACGAUGUUUGGAGGUAUUUGUUUGGUUUCUCAACAACCACACUCUGCUGUUCAGCAAGCCCCAGCAGAACCAGGAGGAAAAUAAACAGCGGGACUUGACGAUGUCCUCUGUUGAGAAUGAAAGGAGAGACCCUGUGGUUUGGGCACUAGUGAUGGCUAUAGGUGUGUGCUACCAUGCUUGUCUGGAGAACAAGGUGGCCUACAGGGAAGAAAUCUGCAAGAGCCUCCCUAAAGGGUAUACGCCACAGAGGGUACUACGUGAAAUCACUCUGGUGCAGGACAACCUGCUGAGUGGUGUUCCGCUGGGUAAUACGAUUGCCAGAAACACAGCGCUGAAGGAGAACGUCUUCAUGAUGGUAGUCUGUAUCGAACUGCGCAUUCCGCUCUUCCUGGUGGGCAAGCCCGGGAGCUCCAAGUCUCUGUCUAAGACGCUGGUAGCGGAUGCCAUGCAGGGCCAGGCUGCCCAUACAGAGCGGUUCAGGAGAUUGAAGCAGGUGCACCUGGUGUCAUUCCAAUGCAGCCCCCACUCUACACCAGAGGGCAUCAUCAAUACCUUCAAGCAGUGUGCCCGCUUCCAGGAGGGCAAGAACCUGGAGGAGUAUGUCUCAGUGGUGGUACUGGAUGAGAUUGGUCUGGCAGAGGAUUCCCCCAAAAUGCCCCUGAAGACCUUGCACCCUCUGCUCGAGGAAGGGUGUAUCGAUGAUGAGCCACUGCCUCACAAGAAAGUAGGUUUCAUUGGCAUAUCAAACUGGGCCCUAGACCCAGCGAAAAUGAACAGGGGUGUUUUUGUGUCACGUGGGGACCCAGACGAAAAGGAGCUGAUCAAAAGUGCCAAGGGCAUAUGUUCAUCGGACAAGAUGGUUCUGGAGAAAGUUCAGGAUGUAUUCCAACCCUUUGCACAGGCUUAUCUGAGAACCACUGAGGGCAAAGGAUUUUUCGGCCUGCGCGAUUAUUACAGCCUGAUAAAAAUGCUGUUUGGCUUCUCCAAGGCUUCCAAGCAGAGGCCCAGUGCUGAGCAGAUUGUGGAGGCUGUCCUGAGGAACUUCAGUGGCAGGGAUGAUAUGGAUGUAGUGAGCAUCUUCACUAAAAACAUGGAUAUCAACUCAAACCUGGAGAAAGCGGUCAGCACCAUCGAGCUUGUGAGGAAGAACAUCUUCGCUAUUGACACUGAGUGCCGAUAUCUGCUGGUCCUGACCAAGAACUAUGCUGCCCUCCAGAUACUCCAGCAGAUGUUCUUCUCUGACCAGUCCCAGCCUGAGAUCAUCUUUGGCUCCAGCUUCCCCAAAGACCAAGAAUACACCCAGAUCUGCCGCAACAUCAACCGGGUGAAGAUCUGCAUGGAGACUGGUCAGACUGUGAUCCUACUGAACUUGCAUAACCUCUACGAGAGUCUCUACGAUGCGCUCAACCAGUACUAUGUUUGUCUUGGAGGCCAAAACUAUGUGGACCUGGGGCUGGGUACCCAUCGCGUGAAGUGCAGAGUGCACCCCAACUUCAGGCUCAUCGUCAUUGAGGAAAAGGAGGUGGUGUACAGAGAAUUCCCUGUGCCCCUCAUCAACCGGCUAGAGAAGCACUACCUGGACAUCAAUUCUGUUCUCGAGACUGACCAAAAGGAGACCGUGAAAGAGCUUGAGGAAUGGGUGGAACAGUUCAUCACACCAAAAAAUCAGUACUCAAUGGCAGCCCAGAGGCAAAAAUACCAGUCACCUGAUGUUUUCAUUGGGUACCACUCUGACACCUGCUCCUCAGUUGUCCUGCAAGUGACUGAAAAGCUGAAACAAGAGAAGGAGACCACUGAAUUCCGGAGGAGGGUCCUGGAGGAGGCCAAACUGAUCUUGCUGAACUGCGCCACCCCAGACUCUGUGGUCCGGCUGCAGGACACGGCCCUCCCCAGCACAGAGGCCGAAUCCCUGAGCCAGGUCUACUUCCAGGAGCAGCAGCACAGCUGCCUGGCCGAAUUCAUCCUAUCCCACACACACCUGGAAGGAUGGUGCAACUCCCACAUCACUGAGGUUACAACCUUUUCCCGGCUCCUGACUGCGUCGGACAUGGGGCAGCUGAGGAACGCUGUGAAGAUUCCCAGCACUGAGCUGUUGUCUCUGCAGCAAUUUGAUACGGAGCAGUCCUUCCUCAAAAAAAUCAGGAAUUUUCUCGAUUCCACACCUGAUGAUAAAAUGCUCAUCAUUCAGACGGAUUUUGAUGAAGGCACCCAGAGUGCAUCUAUCUUAGCGUCAGCAAAGUAUUCAGCCAUAAAUGAAAUCAAUAAAGUGGGAGAAGAGGAGAUGACAGGGAAGAUAUUUGUGUACUUCAUUACGAAGCUACCUAGGGUGGAAGGAGGCACAUCCUACGUUGGAUUUCACGGAGGAAACUGGAGUUCGGUUCACAUCGAUGACCUCAGAAGAUCAAGCGACAUCGUUUCGGACAUCAAAGCCUUGAGGGGCAUCUCGAUCAGCCAGCUCUUUCAGGAUGCGACAGAUCCAACAGAAGCGAUGGAAGUGGAGGGGGCUAUGUCAGACCCGGCUGACAGAGGACUGUGGGAGGUGCUGGACACCACGGCCCUGGUUCGGAGCUGCGUGCAGAGUGCAGUGAGCAUGCUCAGAGACCAGCCUGAGGGCGGGGCCCGCUGUACCAGGAGAGUGGAGAUCCUGCUCACGCUAUUGGCCGAUAACGAGGAGACAAGCGCUACGUUCCUGAAGACGGUGAAAAGACGUCUUCACUCCCUGCUGGAGGCCGAGGAAAGCCACACCCUCUCCCCCAAAAACUGGGUAUUUAAGGAGGCGUCCAACGUCAAUGCUCUGCAGGAAGGGGGCACGUUCAAGCACACACUGUGGAAGCGAGUUCAAGACGCAGUCGUUCCUCUCCUGGCCCACUUGGUCUCAGUCCUGGACCGCGACCGCAACCUGGACCUGCUGCUGGACUGUAACUCCGGAGAGUUGGUGAAGAAGUUGUGGCUCGACCUGUUUGGAGAUGAGUCACUGUUGGACGUUCCCUACACUAGACCCGACCACAGUGCUGAGUCACAGACUGUGCAGGUGCAGAGCCUCAUCCGGGUGGGGCAAGGUGCGGGGUGCACCCUGCCGUUCAGCUGGAGGAUCCGGGAGCAGCUGGAGGAGGUGUGGACGCAGGUUCAGCAGCGGGAUGAUCACACCCAGCGGAAGUUUGAAGAGAUUUUUGGGAGCACGCAUUUGGGCCAGCUCAUCUCCCAAACAGACGAAGAAACUCAGAGAGAGCUGUUCCAGCGGUAUCUCCAAGAUUUCGUCUCCAUGACGAUGAAAGUGACAUCAGAGGACGAGCUGCAGGUAUGUGUUCAACUGAGGGCCCGUCGCUCGGCCCCCGGCCCCCCCGCCCUGCCCUGGGUCCACGUGGCGUACCAGCACUACCGCGCGCGUCUGCACAACCUCCACAGGAUGCUCGCCCUCCUGCCCAGCCUGGCCCCGCCCCUGCUGGCCACCCCGGCCCCUGGAGACACCGGAGAGAUGGCCCUGGGUCUGACCCCUCUGGCCCUGGACGUGCUGGCUGCGCUGGCCUGUGUGGAGCUCCUGGAGCCCCAGGCCCUGGGUCUGACCCCCUGGUUGUGUCCCUCAGGCCCUGGACGUGCUGGCUGCGCUGGCCUGUGGUGGAGCUCCUGGAGCCCCAGGCCCUGGGCCCUGGACGUGCUGGCUGCGCUGGCCUGUGUGGAGCUCCUGGAGCCCCAGGACCUGGCGGUGGAGGCGCAGCGGCUGGCCUGGCUGGGGCGUGUCCGGAGCCUGCAGCUGCCCCUGCAGCUGGUCUGUGCCCUGCAGGAGCCCCCGCACUGGAGACCGAGGAGCCACGCCCUGAUUGGCCGCGUCCGGAAUGGUUGGAAUCGUAUUUUCGUCCUCUCUCUGUUUGUGGAGCACUUGCUCCUGUGGGCGGAGUCUGGUGAGGAGGAGGAGGAGCUAACAGCCCUAACUCUGGAGCACGCCCUCAGGCUGGGAGAAGCGCUCUCCUCCAUACCUGCACUCCAGGUUCUAGAGAAGAACUCGGACCUGAAGAUGGAGGCACCGUUUGUGGCGGUGAUUGAAGUGCUCAAGUCCUGCAAAGACGGAUCCAGCCGCCGCGUUUUUCAGUCUGGUCUGGGUCUUUGCCCCAUGUGUUGUGGGGACCCCCAGGAGCCUCUCGUGCUGCCCUGCGGUGAUGUCUUCUGCCUGGGUUGUGGCAGACAGUGGCUGGUUCCAGGGAAGAUGUUUUGCCCCAAGUGCAUGGCUCCUGUCCCUGAAGACUUCCCCUUGACGGUGUCAGAGGAUUUAAGUGGCCUGGUCAGGUUCAGGAAGCGAUGCCACUCUUUCUUCAUUGAGCUGGUCUCCAGCGUCUGUUUCCGUGGAAACUGCCCACCCUCGCCGGGGGUCGUCCGUCACCUGCUGUCCUUCCUGGUGGUGGAGGCAGAGCCCGCCCCUCUCCUCAGAGAUCAGCGACAGACUCUCACCAAAGCUCUCUCACCCUUCCAUGAGUCUGUGGACAGAAGCCCCGUGGUGCGCUCCGUGGUGCUUAAACUGCUGCUGAAGUACAGCUUCGACGAUGUCAGGGAGUACCUGCAGCAGCACCUGUCUUCGGUGGAGCAGAGCAUCGUCGUGGAGGAAGGGGACAAAUGCAACCUGUACGCCCUUUACAUCAACUGCCUGGAGGACUCCAUGUUCGAGAGGCUGCAGUGCCACUCAGCUGUGGAGCGGCAGAACUUCCUGCGCGCGGAGGGUGAAUUCCUGCGCUACUUCCUGUCCUGCGACGGGACGUCUGCGCAGAGGGUCACCGUGGAAACGCUGCAGCAGGUCGCCAGGGUGCGGCUGUGGUCUCAACACGGCCGCUCAGCUGCUGACCCAAGGCCUGCUGGUGGGAACGACUGGUACCGCAUCCACCUGCUGCGCCUGCUCAGCCGCUGUCAGGGCGUGGACUUCGUCCGAACCUCCUGCAGGAGGGCGCCGUGCCUGGCUCUUCCUCAGGAGAUCCUCAUGCAGAAAAAUGAAGACGCCGGGCAGAUGGAUCAGUAUCUCGUGUGCGGGGAGGGUUACCGUGCCGUCCGAGAGGCGGUCGCCAAGGCAACGGCGGGAUCUAAGAUUGACGGAAUAGACGCAGCUUGUGAGGGCUGUGCAGGCUCCCCAGCAGAGAGAACACUCUACCUCCUCCUGGCUCUCUUCCGUGAAGUCACCACUCUGUACAGAGCGUCCAAUACCCUCCUCCACCCCAAACAUAAGCUGUGCCGGGCUCUGGAGAAUUUCAUCCGGAGGUCCAGAGUCCUGGUGGGCCGGGGGGUUCGGGACUUCGCCGUGGCCCUGGUGCGGAACAGGCUGGGCCCCCUGUGUGUGCGGUCGGACCGGCCCGGCGUGGAGCACAGCCUCAUCGAGCUGGCGGUCCACCUGUCCGCCGUGCUGCUCUGCAGCGAAUGCGCCGUGCUGGCACCCCUCAGGCACCUGGCCACGUCCCCCGCCAAAAUGCAGACCUCCUUCCUGCCCACAAUGCCCGAGGACCUUCAGUACAUGGCAGUGAGAGCUCUCAAAGGGCAGCAGCUGAAGUGGUACACCUGUCAAAAUGGCCACGCCUGUGUCAUCGGUGAGUGCGGUCGGCCUGCGCAGAAGAGCCGGUGUGCAGACUGUGGGGUGGAGGUCGGCGGUGUGAACCACCAGCCCGUCACAGGAUUCACUGCAGCCCAGGCUCAGAUACGGGAUCGCACCCAGCCCGGACACAUCCUGGGCCCCCCCGGCCGGAGGGCCGCCCCGGACGCUCAGGACACCCGGAACAUGCCCCCUGUCCCCUUCGCCAUCCUCAGGCUGCUCACUCACCUGGCCAUGCUGCUGGGGACCACGGUCGAUCCGCAGAGUGUGGGCCAGUUGAUCAGGCCUCCGGUGGAGCACCCAGGUGUGUUCCUGAUGCAGCACCUGCAGAAGGACCUGGAGCAGGUGACCCAGACCCUGGGGUUGGGUGCAGACAACACGGUCAGCAGCGCUCACCUGCUCCUCAGAAGCCUCCUGGAGCCACACCUGCGCCACACAGGUGGUCUCCUCUCCACGAAGGAGGCCAGACAUGCCUGGGAGAGCACCGUCAUCGCUAACAUCAUCUCUCCUCUGCUCAAGAACCUGCAGCAGCAGCUGAAGGGGGUGAACGAGUUCAUCAGGUGUGACUCACGCGUGACCUCCAACCCCGUCAUGAGGGUGGUGUUCGGGGACCCGGGUCUCUUCCUCUCCGCUCUGCCCAGGGAGAGCCUGGUGCACCGGGGGGCUGUGUGGAGCAGCAGGGAGAGGCCGUCUCUGCCCCACCUCGCCCAUGCCCUCGGGCAGCACGGAGGCCAGGAGGCCUUCCCCCUCCUCUGGACCUUCCUGCAGAAGGAGGCGGAGCUACGGCUGGUGAGGUUCCUCCCGGACAUCGUGGCGCUGCAGAGAGACCUGGUGAAGCGAUUCCAGAACCGGACCGACCCCACGGACGGGACCGUCGGCGAGUUCAUCCGGAACCAGAGAGAAGGGGCACGGGAGACUUGGGAAGGUCGCGUCAGAACCUUCCUGAGCGUGUGGAACCAGCUGCGUCUGUCAGUGGCCACGAACGGUGAGAUAAAGAUUCCAGCACACUUGUGUCAGGAGGACUUGGACCUCAGCAGUGAUCUCCAGGUUCUGUUGCCGCGGCGACAGGGGGAGGGUCUGUGUUCCACUGCACUGGUGAGCUACCUCAUCGCCCUGCACAACCAGCUGGUGUACGCCGCAGACAAGCCCACAGGAGAGACCAGUUACAGAGUGAGCGUGUCUGAUCUGACGGAGCUGCACGUGAUUGGCUACGAGCCUGAGAGGGACCUCAUCCCAUUGGUGCUGUCAAACUGCCAGUACAGCCUGGAGCGUGGUCAGGAGGCCGUGUCCCAGUACGACCUUCCCAGAAUUCAGCAGCUGGUGCUGAGCCGCAUCCUCCAGGGGAAGCCCCUGAUCGUCCUGACCGGACUCCCUGUCCUGUUCAGCAGGCAGGGCCGCCAUUACGAGCGCAUCUUCGCGGACGUGAAGGCCAAGGUCGGGCAGGAGCCCCUCCCGGCCCUGAAGGCCACAGCGCUGCUCGUGCAGCUGCAGGCGCACAGUGACGUCUGCGAGACGCUGGGCGUGGUCGAGCUGGCGCUGGACUUCCUGGCUGCGGCCGGUGGCCCCGCCCACAUGCAGGUGGACUCUUACCUGCGCGAGGUGCUGAGGAUGGACCGCACCGCCCCCCACAUCCUGAAGGCCCUCAGUAGCUGCAGUCUGAGGCACUGUGUGGCUCUGUGGCAGUUCCUCUCCUCGCUCAAAUCAGAGAGCAUGCUGCGGCUAAAGAGGGACCCGUUCGAGGGCAUGUUGGGUCAGUACAGGGAGCCCCUGGAUGAGGAGGGGCGGAGGCUGCUGAUGGGGUUCUGCAGCCGGGGCAGUGUGGACGCUUUCCUGCAGGAGACGCACCAACUCCUCCUGCUGCGUCUCAGCACCAACCAGGACCCGGAGCAGUACAGGCCUGACUGGGGUCUGAAGGACACACUGCAGUCUUUCAUGGAGCACAAAGACAUGGACCUGCCGCCUGAGGUGCAGGAGCUGUUCCCAGGGGCCCUGCGGCUGUCCCAGGCCCUGGAGGUCUGGAGGUUCACCGUGGCCUUCAAACAGGGCCGCUAGCCUGGGGUUAGCCUGGGGUUCUCCCAAUUUAACCUGCGCUAGCCUGGGGUUCUGCCAAUUUAACCUGCGCUAUCCUGGGGUUCUGCCAAUUUAACCUGCGCUAGCGACUGUGGUUACUAACACUUUUCCCACUUGGUGGCGCUGAGGAGCAUUCCUUGUUUUACUUCAAGAGAGCAAGUCUGGUGGUUGUAAAUGGCCUCUGUUGCAGAAAUAGGUAGUAAAUCUUAAAAAGUGCUUAAUGUCGUAAUUGUUAUAAUAUUGUUUUGCAUUUGAGGAUUCAACAGUUUCUAAAUUGUGUAAGGAUUAAAGAGACACAAUACUGAAGUGGAAAUAUUAACAGUUCCAUAAAGCUGGUCAGUGUCAAGUAAAGAAACAACAUUAAAGCAUUGACCAAUAUUAUUCCAACAAAAAUGUGAUAUUUUGUUUUCUGAAUAUAGUGAAUUAUGAAAUAAUAAAUGAAGAAUGCAGUUAAA